AUGAUGGAACUAGGAUUUGAAAAUGAUGAAAUAUUAUUGAAUAAUUACAAAUUAAUUCACCAAAGAAAAACAGAAGAUUAUAAAAGAUUAUUAAAGAUAUCAAAUAAUUAUAACAACAACAAUAUUAGCAAUAUUAAUAGCAAUAAUAAUAAUAAUAACUACAAUAGCAUUAUUAAUAAUAAAAGAGACAACAACAAUAAUUAUUAUAGUGAUGGUGAUAAAGAGUUAGUAUCUAAAUUUUGGGAUGUUAUUGUAAUCACUGCAAUAGACCAAUUACAAAAAGAAUAUUAUGAACAGGUUAUUUCAGAAAAGAAAAGAGAGAAUCAAAUACCAGGUUUUGUGAACUACAUUGUUAUAUCCGAUCCUAUAGGUGAAAAAAUAGGUUGUGGUGGAUCAACAUUAUAUGUAUUAAAUAAACUAUCAGAAAUUUAUGAAGGGGAUGAUAAUUUAAAAAAAUUAAAAAUACUACUAUUGCAUGCAGGUGGAUAUUCAAAAAGAUUACCAAAUCAUUCAUCAACAGGUAAAAUAUUUGCAUCAAUACCAUAUACCUUAGAGAGCGGUUUUAAAGCGUGUUCAAUGUUAGAAAUCAAGUUGAUAAUAUUAAUCGAUAUUCCAAAAAGAAUGAAACCAGGUGUGUUUUUAGCUUGCUCAGAUGACAUAGAAUUAUUUGAAUCAAAGGACAUAUCAUUCGAUGAUCCAAGUCAUCAAGGAUUCAUAGCAUUAUCCCAGCCUGGUACACUGGAUAUAGGCGUUGGUCAUGGUGUGUUUAUUCUUGAUCAACUAAAUCAAUUUAAACCAAAUGAAUUAAAUUUAUGUAAAAAGUUUAUUCACAAGCCAUCAAAAGAGAAAAUGAAAUUAGAAGGUGCAAUAUUAGAUAAUGGUUUGGUGUUGGUAGAUAGUUGCUAUUAUUUCGACCACUAUGUAACUCAAUUAUUAUUAAAAUACUAUAAUGAAAACAAGCCAAUAUCUUGCGAAAUCGAUGCAUAUUCAGAUUUUUUACAGCCAUUAGGAAGCAAUGCAGAGCCAAAUUAUUUUAAUGUCAAAAGCAAUAUAACUAAAUUUUUACCACAUUUACCUAAAGAAAGAGAGAAGAUUUAUAGCUUAUUAAAUUCAAGUAGUUGCAAGUUAAAUAUGAUACCAUUAAUGCCAUCCAAUUUUAUUCAUAUUGGUACUUGUCAUGAAUAUAUUGAACAUUUUACAGUCAAUUUCCCACGUUUAGGUUUUAAUAAAAUAGUUUAUUCAGUUAUAAAUAAUAAUAGCAAAAGCAACCGUUUCAAUAUAGAAAGUAUGAUUCAAGACAAUUCAGUUAUUGAAUAUUGCUCAUUUAAAAACAUUGACUUAAUAAUAGGAAAUAGAUGUAUUUUAUCAGAUUUAGAGUAUGACAGCAACAAUAAUAAUACAAGUAAAAAUAAAAUUGAAUCAAUAACCAUCCCAUCAAAUACGUUUAUUCAUACACUAUCACUAAAUAAUAAUAGAUUUGUAACAAUAUUGUUUGGAAUCGAUGAUGAUUUAAAGACAGCUAAUGAUCCUAAAUUGUUUGGUAAGUCUUUAAAACAAGAAUAUUCUUUUAGUGGGAAAAUAUGGCCAAACGAAAAUAAUGGAAAUCCUAUUGUAGAGUCACUUUGGAACGCAUCCAUUUUCCCAAUUUCAAACAUCUCUGCCUCAGACUCUUUAGAAAAAACAAUAAACUCGAUACUUAACAACAAAAAUUACAGUAAUGUCAACACAAACACUGAUCAACAACAGUUAUAUUCCAUUGAGGAGUGUCUAAAUGAAAAGGACCUAUCCAAACAAUUCAACAGAAGAAAGAAUUUAACAAAUGAAAUAACAGAAUUUUUAAAAACAAAAUAA